CCAGAGAUGUUCCCGGUGGUACCACUAGAUGUCACGCAAACAAACAACAUCCACUCCUGCUGGAUGAAGCCACUUAGCUCCUCUCUUCCACCCACUUUCAAGGAUGAGAUGCACUCGCUGCCUGUCACCGUUGAGCAUUUAAAGCGCUUGAUGCAGAGCUUCACGCAAACAAGACUCAUGUGUUGAGUCAUCUGCAGAAAGACAGCAGCGGGCGCGCAAAUCCUCGGUCGUGCCUCAGAGCAAGGACGCAUCAUUUUGGGUUUAGUGGGGGCUCGGCUACCGCGCACAUCGAUCAGCGAUCGUCAAGCCCAACUCUCCAGCUCUUCGAUCCGCCUCGACCCGGAUGACCUCCAGGGAGUAAGAGUGCGCCGAAAGAUGCGCAUCCGUGCUCGUCUUUCGUGCGUCUGACGCCAAACAAGUGUCGAGUCCGCAAUCAUUCGCUGGAUGAGCGAUGCCAGGGGUGACCAAGUAUAAUUUGGUGGAUGACUCCCUCGAUUUGAGGAUCCCUAUGCAUAACGAGGAGGUGUUCCAGCAUGGAGUCUGCUUCGAGGCAAAGUACAUUGGCAGCUUGGAAGUGGGUCGGCCUGGCAGCCGCAUGGAAAUAGUUGCUGCCAUGAGAAGAAUCAGAUACGAAUUCAAACUGAAGAACAUCAAGAAGAAGAAGGUCAACAUUGUUGUUUCCACCGAUUUUGUCAAAGUGAUAUUAAGGAAAAAGAAGCGAAAAGGUUGGUCGUGGGACGAGAGUACCAUCUUGGUCUCGCAGGAUCCCAUUUUCAGGAUUUUUUAUGUCUCACAUGACGCGCAAGACCUCAAGAUCUUCAGUUACAUAGCGAGGGACGGGGAAAGCAACAGCUUCCGCUGCAACGUUUUCAAGUCCAAGAGGAAGUCUCAGGCCAUGCGGAUCGUGCGGACAGUAGGCCAGGCGUUUGACGUGUGUCACCAGCUGACCUUGCAGAAGAAAACGGACGACCGGGAUGACGAGGAGGCGGAGGAGAAGGAGCCCGAUGACCUGCCAGCCCACGAGAGGUUUGCGUUGUCAGAGGAGACCGACCUUGAAGCCACCACAGAGGAGAGCAUCGAGUGCAACACUUCAUCGGACCUGGAGAGGAACAAAAAGGUCAUCGCUAAUAAUGGCAAGAGCUCCGACGACGGCUCGCUUCUGCUGAGCUCCCCGGCCGGCAAAAGCGCAGAGGCCCCCCCCCGCGCUUCCGAGCACCAGCUCCAACUCCUGCACAAGCAGUUACAGCAGCAGGAGCAGCAGGCGCAGGCGGCAUCAGCUCAGGUGCACGUGCUGAGGGGCCAGCUGUCCGUGGAGGUUUGCGCUCGAAGCGAGGCCCAGACCCGAGUUCAGAGGCUGCUGCAGCAGAACACGGACUUGCUGCAGCACAUUUCCCUGCUGGUCAAACAGAUCCAGGAGCUGGAGCUCAAAGCCGGAGCACAUUUGUCAUCCGUGGGCUCCCAGGACAGUCUUCUGGAGAUCACGUUCCGUGCACGACCCCCCAGCACGCCCAGUGAAGCACUCACGCCAUCUGGGUCAACGGUAGCCUCCGUCUCCCAGCACCAGAUCAGCGACGGGGCCUGGGUCUCCUUCGUCCCGGGGUCGGGCUCGUCAAGCGCGGGGACACCCGAAAGCGGCCUCGGCGCCGACGCCGUACGUCUGGAGUGCUUUCGGUUCUCCUCGGACAGCCGGGAGCAAAGCGACGGAGCGGGCGAGACGCCCGGCGACGGAGAUCUGCCUGACACUUCACCCACGGGUGAGCGGGUGCUGGGUGCUCUGGAGCUGCUCUGCUUUAGAGAAUCGGGAAUCGGAUCAGAGUACGAGUCCAACACGGAUGAGAGCGACGACCGAGACAGCUGGGGCCACAGCGAGGGAGCCGGGCCGGACGGCGGCGUUCGACUCGCCCACGUGUUGAAUACGGAGACUUUGGCGGACUCCUUAGGGGACGAGAUGGCCGUGUAGAGGUAGAGGCACCGACAGCGCACUCAAGAUGGUCGCACAUUUUUCCAAACGAGUCAGUCCGGCCCGCUUAGCACUUGUUGCUAAGUUCUGACUUUGUCGCGCUUUUCGUGACUUCCAAACGGUGGAAAAUUCCAAAUGUUUUGGCAAAGCGGGCUUGAAGUCGCAUGCAUGUUGAAUCGUAAAUGUCGUAUCAGUAGCAAAAAUGAAAACUGUCCAAACCUCUGCAGAUGCAAAUGCAAAAACGAAUGUUACGCUUCUAGUUUGCGAUUGUUCACAUUCGGCACAUUUGCUAAGACUGUGAAAGGCUUGUCUUUGUUGCCAGUUCAAUACAACCAACGUACUGUAAAAGAGGAGGCGUGUCCAUGCACACUCCUUUAGCGGUACUGUAAGUGUUCAUUUUUCUUCUUUGGCUUUCGACCGACUUGCGACUGUUACUGUUCUUCUAUGGUGUCUUCAUUUGUGUUUCGAUUUUCCAUUUUUACCGUCUUUGUGGUUGUCCCGUAUGUGAAGCGCUUUCCUACAGCUGCUGCUUUAAGUUGUGUUGCUUUGAAUGGCAUCUUGGCUGGGCUUUCUAUUUGGGCUUUUUCUAUUCUAUUUGGGAUUUCUUUCUAUUGUGAUGGUCGUCAUAGCGCAGGUAAUUGCUGUUUCCUCGUGCACGGCUCCAUCGGUUUGAUUGAUUUGUUUUGGAAGGGACAAAGGGAGGCCAGCAAGUGAUUAAUUGAGGCCUGGUGGAAUGGAGGUUUCUGAUUGGAUGCAGCAAGAUUUUUUUUUUGAUAAUUGAAAAGACAAAGAGAGAGAUGGUAGUUACAAAGCUUGUGCAGGUAAUACAAGUCCGGCAUCAGCAUGCCUUGCAAAGUGUGUUCGAUGACGUGUGUGUAAUCUUCAUGAUUUGUGAACAGGUUGGCUUCCCUGCCUUGCCACAACACAGCGCUCCAUGCUUGUUGCCAUACCAACCAUACUGCGGGAAUAAUACGCGUGACGCAUCCAGCAAGGAUGUGACCAUCUUUGUCUCUUAUAAGCUGCCGACUGACAUCUUUUGGUAUGCAAAACUGGGCACCCCCCCCCCCCCCCCCCUCAUUGUUUGUCUUAUAAUGCUACUGCAUCGCACUGUUUAUUUCCAACUCUCGUGUUAAGCAUUAUGUAUUGACGCCAUAUUGCAGUCGGGCUUUUGUUGCGCCCCACUUUUGGAGAGGCGAAUAAAACAAAUCUGUGCCUUCCAAUACCUCCGGCCAAGUGUCAGCCCAGUUUUGGCAAGUCGCCUUUCAAUGACUAAAUGGUGGACGCGCCGUCCCCAAAUGUGUCCUUCAUUGCCAUUUUUUCCUCACUCGCUCGCACUAACUUCAGUCAAGGGCACUCAAAAAUGAAAGUGCACUUACAAACACACCGUAGAUGUAUCGCCUUGUGAAAUUAAACAUCUUUUUUUCACGUG